UUUUGAGUCCUGUCGGCUACCGUAAUGUUUGUAGGAGCCUGCUUAGAUUAGCUUGCAUCUCUUGUACCGAGCAUGGUGCCGACUAUGGUUUCAGUAUCGAGCUAGGAGCCACCAACCGAAGAUAUUUGUGCUAUUUAAGGUGUGUUUGUUCAUCUUACUGGGGAGGAAACUAAAAGUGAUUCUCCGUUCAACCUAAGAAAGCCAUAUAUUCGUUUGGAGGAGAAAGCGUUUCGCCUUAUGAACGGCGAAUCAGAUAAGCUCUGCUAAUUAGCUAGCCGUUCUUGGUUUCUUCGGCGUCUCUCGGGAUGUCGUCCAGGAAAACUUUGAAACUUCUAUGCGGGUUGGCUGGAGGCUCAGCCGCUCUUGUGUUCGCUGUUGCCGCCGCUGACUCCCGGGGAUACUUCGGUGAGCUUCAGGGUGAUGUGACCGGUCGCUGGUCGAAGUUCACCGUCCUCAGGGCAGCUCAGCCGGCGUGGACACCUGCCAGCCACACACCAGCCCCGACCGGACACUCCUGGGACUUCAACUGGGAUAAGAGGGACCCGUCUGCUCUGACUAAUGGGAAGAAGAAGGAGAACGCAGCUGAGGACCCCAGCUCUGAGCAGGACAAUGGCAAACCUAAAGCCACACGAAACAUCCUCCUCAUCAGACACUCCCAGUACAACCUGAGCGGGAACAGCGACAAGGAGAGGAUCCUCACCCCAUUAGGUCGUGAGCAGGCUGAGUUAACAGGGAAGCGGUUGGCGGCGUUGGGACUGAAGUAUGAUGUUCUGAUCCACUCAAGCAUGGCCCGGGCCACAGAGACGGCAAACAUCAUCAGCAAACACCUGUCAGGUCUAGGAGUGGAGCUGCUGAGCUGUGAUUUACUGAGAGAGGGUGCACCCAUCGAGCCGGUUCCUCCCGUCACUCACUGGAAGCCUGAUGCUGUGCAGUACCAUGAAGAUGGAGCUCGCAUUGAGGCAGCCUUCCGCCGCUACAUCCACCGCGCUGACCCCAAGCAGAAGGAGGACAGCUACGAGAUCAUCGUGUGUCACGCCAAUGUCAUCCGCUAUUUUGUCUGCAGGGCUCUGCAGUUUCCUCCAGAGGGCUGGCUACGUAUUGGCUUGAACAACGGCAGCAUCACAUGGCUCACUAUCCGUCCCAGUGGCCGUGUGGCCCUCAGAAGUCUGGGAGAUGCAGGAUUCAUGCCCCCUGAUAAACUUACAAGGACCUGAUGGCCAAACGCGCUGCAAAUUUUUGGGACUCAGACAGUCCAACGUCCAGUCAGUCGGUCGCAGGGUCAAUGCAGACUUCUCCUUAAGUGUCUUGAAAAUUACUUGUGGUGUUAUUUUGUAAUCAAACUACCAUCAUUUAAUGAGAGACUGUGGCUGAGAUUACUUCCGUGCCAUAGAACGCCAGCAGAAGUAAUCAACAGCUGCAUAGUAAGUCCUUCUGAAUGUAACUGAGGAUUUUUACAAAUGACUGAUUUUUAAACCAAAACAAUUUGUAUUUGUAUCGCUGUUGUAAAUGCAAAUCGUGCUUCAACUUGACGUGUCACUUUAGGACACUGAAGUGAAGACUUUGUGUUGUAUGGUGCAGCUGUAGUAAAUAAAAUUGUAAAUCCCUCGGC